AGAAGAUCCGAGGCUGCUACAAAGCUCAGUUUGUCAGUCAACCAGCUCUGUGACACAUAAAUUAGGACCAUAAAAGCCUUAGUUCCUUGAGAAAAAAUAAGAUUUGAGUCCGUCGUGGGUACUUGGAACCGAAUUCACAGAAAAUAAUUCACCAAAGAGGAAAUGACAAAAUAUCUGAGAUUCAAACACCGCAGAGGACUGACCCUGCUGUGCAUGCUUCUGGGGACGCUGUGCAAGACUGGAUCCGGGCAGAUCCACUACUCAGUGCAGGAGGAGCUGGACAAAGGCUCCUUUGUGGGCAACAUCUCCAAGAACCUGGAACUGGAGCCCUGGGAGCUGGCGGAGCAUGGAGUCCGCAUCGUCUCCAGAGGUAGGACGCAGCUCUUUGCUUUGAACCUGCAAAGCGGCAGCUUGGUCACGGCAGGCAGGAUAGACCGGGAGGAGCUCUGCGCUCAGAGCACACUGUGUCUGGUAAAAUUUAACAUCCUGGUUGAAGACAAAUUGAAAAUUUUUGAAGUAGAAAUAGAAAUUAAAGACAUUAAUGAUAAUGCUCCUGAUUUUCUAACAGAGGAAUUGUUAAUAAAAAUUGGUGAACUAACGGCUCCUGGAACUCGAUUUCCACUUAAGACUGCAUUUGACCCAGAUGUGGGCAUGAACUCCCUUCAGAACUACCACCUCAGCCCCAAUGACUACUUUUCCCUGGCUGUGAAGCAUGUCUCUGAUGGGGCCAAGUACCCAGAGCUGGUGCUGGAGAGGGCUCUGGACCGUGAGCAAAAGAAAGUUCACCAGCUUGUCCUCAUUGCUUCUGAUGGUGGAAACCCUGUCCUCUCUGGCAACUUAUGCAUCCAAGUGGUAGUUCUGGAUGCAAAUGACAACCCACCAGUAUUUACUCAACCUGCAUAUCAAGUAAGUGUUCCGGAGAACUUGCCAGUGGGUACCACGCUGCUCACGGUGAAUGCCACUGACCCUGACGAAGGAUUCAAUGCUCAAGUGUCCUAUAUUCUAGAUAAAAUGCCUGGGAACGUCGCUCAGAUGUUUGAUCUCAAUUCAGUGACUGGAGAUAUAUCAAUUUUAAAAAGUCUAGAUUAUGAGGAUGCUACAUUCUAUGAAAUUAAAAUUGAAGCACAAGAUGGACCUGGUCUCCUUUCAAGAACUAAGAUAUUAGUCACAGUUCUGGAUGUGAAUGACAAUGCCCCAGAAAUUAUUAUCACUUCUCUUACUGGAUCAGUCCCAGAAGAGGCUACUGCUGGAAGAGAAAUUGCCCUUAUCAAUGUGCACGACCGGGAUUCUGGGCAAAAUGGGCAAGUCACAGUUUUUGUCCUGGGAAAUAUUCCAUUUAAUUUAGAAAAAUCAAUAGACCAAUAUUACCGCUUAGUGACAGCCAGAUCUCUAGACCGUGAACAGGUGUCUGAAUAUAACAUCACUCUCAGAGCCACAGAUGGAGGAAAUCCCCCACUGUCCACGAGUACUCAUAUCACUCUGCGUGUUGCAGACAUCAAUGACAACCCGCCUGCCUUCAGUCAGUCCUCCUACUCUGCCUACAUUCCUGAAAACAACCCCAGGGGAGCUUCCAUCUUCUGUGUGACCGCCCAGGAUCCUGACAGCAUCCACAAUGCCCACAUCACUUAUGCACUGACUGAGGAUACUAUCCAGGGAGCGCCUCUCUCCACCUAUGUCUCCAUCAAUUCUGACACCGGUGUCCUGUAUGCGCUCCGUUCCUUUGACUAUGAGCAGGUUAGAGACCUACAGCUAUUGGUGACAGCCAGUGACAGUGGGAACCCUCCACUCAGCAGCAAUGUGUCAUUGAGCAUAUUUGUGCUGGACCAGAAUGACAAUGCGCCCGAAAUCCUGUACCCUGCCCUCCCCACCGACGGUUCCACAGGCGUGGAGCUGGCGCCCCGC